CAUCACCACAGAUAUUGGACAAUUCUAUUCUUCUUCAUUUCACGCAUAUUCUUGCAAAACGACGCAAGAACACCAGUAAGUAUAUUUUUUCAUAUAUAAUUUCAUACCGAUAUAUACUACCAGAAAAAGUUAAAACAUUUCAUUUACUCCAAUCAUAACUCUUAUCCAUUUACACUAGCGCCGGUCGCAUAGUCAAUCUCCUCAAGCAAAAUAUAGAAGAAAAGAAAGAAAAGAAAAGAAAAGAAAAGAAAAGAAAAGAAAAGAAAAGAAAAGAAAAGAAAAGAAAAGAAAAGAAAAGAAAAGAAAAGAAAAGAAAAGAAAAGAAAAGAAAAGAAAAGAAAAGAAAAGAAAAGAAAAGAAAAGCAAAAAUGGGGAAAGGAAAGCGUAAGAACCCAAUCCAAUGGUUCUGCUUCUAGUCCUCCCAAUAACAGUGACAAAGUCAAUAAGGGAGGAAACAAUAAAGGUAAGGGCAACAACAAUAAUGGAGGAAACGGAGGAAAUCAAAACAAAGGUAAGGUACCCCGAGACUUCGCCGAAUGUCGCCUUUGCGAUAAAAAAGGUCAUUGGGAAUCUGAUUGUCGUAACAAUCCUGGAGGAGAAGGAAAGAGAGGACAAGGUUUACCAAAUUGUAGGGAAUGUGGUGGGAAUCAUUGGGAAGAUCAAUGUAGGACUUGGAAGUCGAAGACUAGUGAUGGGAAUAACAAUAGUCAACAAAGAAAUUCAAGCCCAGGACCAUGUUUAGCACCUACCGGAGAAGAUAUCUCACAUUUUUUCGCAAAUGGUAAAUAUCCCUCUCGUCCUUGUAAAUCAUGCCAUAUUGCAGGACAUUGGAAUAAUGCCUGUGAGAAGGAGGGAUUCGAUCCAGUCACCAAUCCUAAUCCUGGUGGGAAGAAAAAUGAUAGUGGAAAAGGUGUUCGUUUUGCUGAUGACGGAUCACACGGACAAAUCGAUCCUGCUUAUAAUCAAUAUUAUUCUCAGGCUUCCCCCAGCACCGGACAAUUCCAAUCCCAACAAGUCCCACCUGUCAAUUUCGGCUUUCAACAGCAACAGCAGCAAAUGCAACAAAUGCAACAACAGCAAGCCCAAUACAAUCCACCAAGCAGUGAACAAAACACUCUUAACUACCCAAUCAACCACGAAAGCCUCAACUCCCACAGCCCAGACUAUCUCUACCCCACCCGCUCACCACCUUACCAAACCAUCCCAAGCACGCCCAACCCCUCCCACCCAGACCACCCAGACUCCUCCACCUACCGCGCCCGCUACCGCACAACCACCUGCAACACCUGUCAAACGCCCGGCCACCGCCCCAACGACUGCACCACAUACCUCUGGCUGCUCCCCCGCAGCCACCCCUCCUGGCAUCCCAACUCCGACCCCCAUCACCCAAGCAACCAACAAUCCGCGCACCCAAACAGCUACUGGCUCGGAAACCCUAUGGAAAUCCCAUCAAAAACCACAUACAUCUGGCCGCAUCCGCAGAAUUCUCAUCAGGGGAGACCGUGGACGGAAAAUGAUUAUGAGGGUUUGGAUGCGGGGAAGGAUGUUUGGGUUGGAGAGGAUGAUAGGGAGGGCGUGGGGAGGUUUAGGUGGGGUAUGCCUCCUGGGGGUUAUGGAGGGGAGGAACAUGGCGGUAUGUGUAAGUUUGAUGGGGAGGGGGAUGUGGUUAUGGUUGAUAUUUUGGAUUUGGAGGUUAGGAGGUGGAAGGGGAGGGUGGAGAGGGAAGAGAGAGUGAGGAGGGAGGGGAAGUGGUGGGAAGCGGGGGUGCAGUUUUAGAAGAGGUAAGUGGGAUGCUUCUUGGUUGUUGUUGUUUUCUUUUGGUUUUCCUUUUCCUCUUCCUUUUCGGUUUUGGUUUUUGGUUUUGUUUAGACAUUUCGGGUUUUUCUUUUGUUUGUAUGAGUAUGUAUGUGUCUUUUAAAUCUGUGUUGUUUCUGCAACGCGCAGUAGAAAAGGAGGUAAAUGUAAGGUCAAUUACCUCGUGAGAAGAAGGUAAGAUAAAAAAAAUCUCUUAUAGCGAUAGAGCGAACAGGUAACAAGUACUUGUUAUUUUACUUGUAAUAAUAUUUUCAAAUAAGUUUUUCAUUUAUAUUUAUACUUACACAAGAUACCCGUGAAUUUUUCCAAUCAAUA